AUGGAUGAUUUAAUAAUUCGAAGAGCCGAAAAUGCAAAUGGAGCAGUUUCGUUGGAUCAAAAUGAUCCCGUAAUUAAAUCUGUCGGUUUAAUUCUAGCGAUAACCAGUGGCGUAUUUAUCGGAUCAUCAUUCGUGUUUAAGAAAAAAGGCCUUAUUCAGGCCCAAAUUCAAGCCGGAUCUGUUGCAGGUCAAGGCCAUAACUAUCUUUCAAAUGGAUUAUGGUGGACAGGAAUGAUACUAAUGAUUGUUGGAGAAAUAUGUAAUUUCGUUGCAUACGCUUUUACACAAGCUAUCCUAGUUACGCCCUUAGGUGCGCUUAGCGUAGUUAUUAGUGCCAUCUUAUCUUCCAUAUUCUUAAAAGAGAGGUUAAACUUUCAGGGUAAAAUAGGUUGUUUGCAAUGUAUAAUCGGCGCAAUUAUAAUUGUUUUACAUGCCCCUAAUCAACAUACCGCAACAGAUAUCGAAGAAUUUAAAAGGAUGUUUUUCGCACCUGUGUUCUUGGUAUACGCGAUUUUGGCAAUAUUGGGAUCGUUAAUAACGAUUUGGAAAAUAGCACCAAAAUUUGGGUCAAGAUACAUGCUGGUAUACAUUGGAAUAUGUUCGUUAAUUGGAUCCUUAUCAGUUGUAACGACCCAAGGCAUUGGUACGGCAAUAAUUAAAACGAUUCAAGGAAAUAAUCAAUUCACACAUUGGUUUUUUUACGUGCUCUUGGCAUUCGUGGUGAUAACGUUAUUAACAGAAAUUAAUUAUUUGAAUAAGGCAUUAAAUUUAUUUAAUACGGCAAUGGUAACACCAGUUUAUUAUGUCACAUUUACAAGUCUGACGAUAAUGAGUUCGGCCAUCUUGUCACAAGGUUUUGAAGCCGAACCGAAAAGUGUGAUCACGGUUGUAAUGGGGUUUCUCGUGAUUUGUAGUGGUAUAGUAUUAUUACAAGUCUCAAAGGCAACAGGGUUGGAUGGUGUAGGAACGAUCGAUUCACCCACUGACGCGGAUAUCGCUGAUAAUAGAUUAAGCAGGGUUGAUUAUGAACCCGGUGCAUCAGAGAUUCGAGGGAGUUUCGGUAGUAUUCGCAGAUAUUCUAUGAGUGCUGGUAAAACUCACCCCGCGUUGCCUUCGCAUAUCAUACCUUCAAGUAUUAAAGAAUAUGGUAAUAAUGAUACGAAUAGAAGAACCCAGAGUCUGAAUUAUGGCAUAUUUAGGAGAAGUAGUAUGCGUGAUGGUGGUUUACCAACAAUUAACGAGUCCGAUAAAAAUGCUGCGCGUUACUCGACGACGACCACAAAAUCUUUAGGAAAUCCACAAAUUGCACCAUUUACACCAACUGAUGAGAAACAUAAUCAAUCAAGGAGUUCUGUUAUUAAAUUUUUCACUUCACCUAUUUCAACUUCACCUACUUCGUCAGUUAAAGAACUUAAUCAAAAUCAAAAUGAUACGAUAAGAAGCCAUCCUAUCAUUCAUACCACAACUCCUUCAUUUUCUUCUUCUUCAACAAAAGUUGCUACUCCAACAAAGGAGUUGCAACAAAAUAAAGAAAAUGAUGGAUUUUAUAAUGAGCUAACUUUACCCCCUUUACCUUCCCCACUUCAACAUCCAAUAACUUAUCUCAAACAACAUUUGUCCCCAACCAAUUCAUUUAUUUUGGAUAAUGGUUCCACUAUAAAUAGUGAAAUCUAUAGUGGUACCGUUCGUGAUAAUUUAAGGAGACAAAGUAGCACUAGUUCAAAUCGAAGAUCUCAAAAUACCAUGAGUAUCGUUGAUAGAUUUAAAUUUGGUAGAAGUAUUAGCAGUGGAGGUGAUGAACAAGCUGAUAAUGAAGAUCAUGAAGGUUUGGUAAGGGAUGUAUCUAACAAGGGUUCAACUAGCAGAGACAUAAGAUAA